AUCAAGUGAUUAGAAAGAAACAUGUCUCAAACUUUAUUUACUGUUUCUCUUUAUCGUACUUUCUUACCCUAGUAGUAGUACCCUACCCCCACGUCCACAAAAUAAUCAAACACCUUACCUUCUCUCUCUUAAUUUCUCUUUCUAUAGAGCCCCUCAAGGGUCAUUUUCUCACAUAUACUUCACACAAAAGAAACAUCCAUUCACUUCAUACCUUGUCAUUUCUUCCCCCCUCCCCGGCGCCCCCUCUCUCUCUCAUCUCAAUGUGAAAUCUCUCUGCAACUACCCCCACACAAAUUGAUCAAAACCCAUCAACAAAAAAUACCCAGAAAUCCGUCCAACACCUGAAAAUCCCUAACCCUAAUCAGAUCACCAAGGAAGCUAGCUGACUAGCUCACACAAUAUAUAUACAAAGACACACUGUUAUUUCAUAUAUACAAACACACACUGUUAUUUCCCAGCACAAGGAAGAAGAAAGUGCUCAUAGACAUACAGGAGGGAAUCAUAAGCAAGCUAUAUAUAUACAUAUAUACACACAUAUCUACAUAGGGCUUGGGAGAAGGAAAUUUAAAGAGGGAGGUGGGGAGAUCAAUUAUUGAUGGAGCUAUUCCCUGCACAACCGGAUUUAUCUCUACAAAUUAGCCCUCCAAACAGCAAACCCUCGUCCUCCUCUUCAUCAACUAGUUGGAGGAGAAGCAGUCAUCAUAGUCAUCAGGAGGAGAUGGAUUUGGGGUUUUGGAAGAGAGCCUUGGACUCCCGAAACUCCACCUCCGAUGAGCUUUCGAACACCAAUCAUCGUCCCCACCACUGCAGUAAUAUUACAGCCAGUACUAGCUGUAAUGGUGAUAAUGGCAAUCUUUUCCAUCCCUUUCAGUUUCAGCAAAGCCAUUACUUUCCACAAGUUCCCCAAGCAGAUGUGCAACAACAAUUACAGCAAUCGGAAGAGCUGCUUGGGUGUUUGAGACCCAUUAGAGGAAUUCCACUCUAUCAAAACCCUCAUCCUCCUCGUCCUCCUAAUAAUUUCUUCCCAUUUUCUUCUUCACAAAAGCCGGUUAAUUUCGAUAAUAAUUCGGCAACCUCUACCUCUACAAUUUCUAGUUCAACCCCACUAUUUCAGGCAGCUGCUUAUCAUCAUCAUCAUCAAGGUCAUCAUGGUGGCCUUCUAAGAUCCCGGAUUUUCUCUCGGUUUCCGGCCAAACGAAGCAUGAGGGCCCCUCGGAUGCGUUGGACUACAAAUCUUCAUGCCCGCUUUGUUCACGCCGUUGAGCUUUUGGGUGGCCAUGAAAGAGCAACACCAAAGUCAGUUCUUGAGCUAAUGGAUGUCAAAGAUCUCACCUUGGCACAUGUUAAAUCUCACUUACAGAUGUACCGGACGGUGAAAACCACUGAUAAAGCAGCGGCCUCUUCAGGACAAAGUGACGUAUAUGAAAAUGCUUCAUCUGGUGACACCACUGAAGACAUGAUGUAUGAACUUCAGAACCCAAGAAGGUCUUGUGAGCAGCUACCAUCACCUCAGCAGGGUUCAAGAUCGACUACUGUUCAAGAUAAUAAGGAGUACUACGGCCUCUGGAGCAAUCCUUCAAGAGAAGCUUGGUUGCAUGCAAACUCAAAUGAUUCUGCAUCUGCAAAUAUUAUAACGUCUCUCGAUGAUCAGGAGAGGAAGGACCUGAACAUGAUGGAUCCGAAAGGAUUAAGCUAUGAGAGAAUAUCGGAUGUAAGCAGCUCCUCAACAAACAUUUCAGGAGGAGGGACAAGCUUAAGCCCCAGGAAGCCCAAUUUGGAGUUCACUUUGGGCAGGUCACAUUGAAAUUGAAUAGGGAAAUAAUUAAAUCAAAUUAAACCUAAUUCAAUUUCCAUGAUUUUCAAAUCAAUAUAUAUGUGUGUGUUAUGCC